AUGACUUUAUUAUAUCAAAUGGUACAUUUCAUUUUAUUUGCCUCAGUUUCUGGUGAGUGUGUGACCAAGCUGUUCCAAGAUGCCUACUUUAAAGGAGGAGACAUUACUGUUGUUUUCACACCAAAUGCCAAGCACUGCCAAAUAGCCUGCACCCACCAUCCAAGGUGUUUGCUCUUCACUUUUAUGGCUGAAUCAUCAUCUGAAGAUCCUACCAAGUGGUUUACUUGCAUCCUGAAAGACAGUGUUGCAGAAACACUGCCGAUGGUCAAUAUGACGGGAGCAAUUUCUGGAUAUUCUUCUAAGCAAUGCUCAGACCAAAUAAGUGCUUGCAACAAAGAUAUUUAUGUGGACCUACAUAUGAAGGGCCUGAACCAUAACAGCUCUAUUACCAAGAGUGCUCAGGAAUGCCAAGAGAGGUGUACGAAUGACAGGCACUGUCACUUUUUUACAUUCGCCACAGAGCACUUUCCAAGCAUAAAGUAUCGUAACAUUUGUCUGUUGAAGUACACCCAAACGGGGAUGCCGACCAACAUAACAAAGCUCAGUGAAGUGGUGUCUGGAUUCUCACUGAAGCCCUGUGCGCUUUCUAAUCUGGCUUGUAUCAGGGACAUUUUCCCUAGAACCAUGUUUGCAGACAGUAACAUUGACAGUGUCAUGGCUCCAGAUGCUUUUGUCUGUCGCAGCAUUUGUACUCACCAUCCCACUUGUUUGUUCUUUACCUUCUUUUCUCAAGAAUGGCCAACAAUAUCUGAAAGAAAUCUGUGUCUACUUAAAACGUCUACAAGUGGGUUGCCAAGCGCACGCAUUAGAAAGAACAAAGCUCUUUCUGGUUUUAGUCUACAAAACUGCCGGCACAGUGUCCCAGUGUUCUGCCAUUCUUCAUUCUACCGUGACACUGAUUUCUUGGGAGAAGAACUGGACAUUGUUGACGUGGACGGGCACGAAGCCUGCCAGAAAACAUGUACCAACAGCAUCCGCUGUCAAUUUUUUACCUAUUCUCCAUCUCAAGAACCUUGCAACGGAGGGAAGGGUAAAUGCUACUUAAAACUUUCUGCAAAUGGAUCUCCAACUAAAAUACUUCAUGGGAGAGGAAACAUCUCUGGAUAUACGUUAAGGUUAUGUAAAAUGGAUAAUGCGUGUACAACGAAAAUCAAGCCCAGAAUUGUUGGAGGAACCAAGUCUGUUCUUGGAGAGUGGCCAUGGCAGAUAACUUUGUACAUCACAUCACCCACCCAGAGACACCUGUGCGGAGGCUCCAUCAUCGGAAACCAGUGGAUAUUAACAGCUGCUCAUUGUUUCAGCGAGGUAGAGUCACCUAAAGCUCUGCGUGUCUAUAGUGGCAUUUUAAACCAAGAAGAAAUAAAAGAGGAUACAUCUUUCUUUGGGGUUCAAGAAAUAAUAAUUCAUGAUCAGUAUGAAAUGGCAGAAAGUGGAUAUGAUAUCGCCUUGUUGAAACUGGAAAUGACAAUGAAUUACACAGAUUCUCAACGACCCAUCUGCCUACCUUCCAAAGGAGAUAGAAAUGUGACGUAUACUGAGUGCUGGGUGACUGGAUGGGGGUACAAAAAAUUAAGAGACAAAAUACUCAAUACUCUCCAGAAAGCCCGGGUACCCUUGGUGACAAAUGAAGAAUGCCAGGCAGGAUACAGAGGGCAUAAAAUAACUAAUAAGAUGGUCUGCGCAGGCUACAAAGAAGGAGGGAAGGAUGCCUGCAAGGGAGAUUCGGGGGGCCCCCUGUCUUGUAAGCACAACGAGGUCUGGCACUUGGUAGGCAUCACGAGCUGGGGCGAAGGCUGCGGCCAAAGGGAGCGACCAGGUGUUUACACCAACGUGGUCGAGUACGUGGACUGGAUUUUGGAGAAAACGCAAAGCAGCUUGAAAGAGUCCCCAGAUGCCAUCUGA